AUGGAAGAUGAACAGCGCUUAAUAUUGAGACAAAUAUUUAAGGAGAUUGUAUCUGUUGUGGUAUCUGAUAUAGAAAAUGAACUCAUUUUUGAAAUCCUAGGCCUAAGGCCUAAGAGAUUAUGGCAAAGAAAAUGGAUUACCAGACGUUCUCAGUAUGGAGCCAGCAAUAAACUUAUUGAAAAAAUUGCUAAGGAAGAUCCUGCUGAAUUUUACAGAUCAAUGCGAAUGACAGAGUUGCUGACGCACGUUGAGCCCGCCAUAAAAAACAGAUACUUUUAUGAGGAGUGCACUCACGCCAAAAAUAAAACUUCAGAUAGUGUUGUAUUUUCUUGCCACUGGUUCUAG